GCACCAAAAACUAUCCCAAAUGUGUAUUUACAUAUAUGCACACAACCAAAGAUGAUGACCCAACAAACACACCAGUUUGGCACAAAUAAGAUCGAAUCCUGUUGAUUUCAAUUUACACAUAUUCAAAAAGCAAAGAUAAGUAGCUACUUAAUUAAGGGCAUCGUGAUUUGGUACAUGCAGCAAACAUAAUAUAUAAGUCCUUAAGUUGACGUAUUCUAAGAGGGAAAGAAAAAAAUCUGGUAAACUAGUAAGAGUAGUAAACGGUUCAGUUCAACUAAUCCAAUAUUUUCAACAAAACAAGUCAAUAUAUAAAGUCACUAAAGUCAUCAUCCUUUUGGAGGAAAAAGAAACACACCCCCAUAUGUAACAUAAAGUCUUCCUAGUGAUAAUGUCGACAUAACAAUCCUUUUCAUCAGGAAGUUGCGUCGACGACUGGACGUGGUUGGCAAGUAAGGCAUUCACCACUGUUCAUAAAAAAAAGGUUUGAGACAUCCAACCUAUUAUUACUACUAUUAAUCUUUUCUUUUCUUUUCAAUUCUCGUCUUUCAAUUUACGUUUCAGGUCUGUUACGGUGUUACCUGUUACUCAAACUCGACACUUACAAAUUAAAUUCUCAAUUUCACUACUUUCACAAUAUUUAAAGGCCGUGUGGGCUAUGAGUUAACCCUCCAAUUUACUCAAUCCUGUCUAGAGCAGCCAUUCAAAAACAUAAAUAUUGAAAAAAAAAAAAGAAAAAAGCCCAAAUUAGUAAUUUUGAAGAAAAUCCCGCGUCAACACUGGCGUCUAGUCUACUACUUGCAAUUCUUGAAAUCACGCCUUUGGUGUGCCCCUCUUUCUCUCUCACUGAAACAACCAAGAACCUUCCUUCCCUUCCCCAGCAUUUCCUCCUACUUUCCUCAAUUAAUUCAACUUCCCAUACUUAAUAUCUCCCACCCACAUUUUAGAUUCUGCAAAUCCCUUUUACCUCUCUUUUUAUUUCCUUCCCAUUGAAAGAAUUAUAGUACUCAUUAUUAUCUGAUAGAAGGAAAAGAAAAGGAAAAAAAAUCAUGUCAGUGAACGAAGCAAAUGGUCGCCAUCAUCUUCCCCAGGUGGUGGAUAAUCCAUCGUCGGCGGCGGGGGAGUUGGGUACGGGUCCCAACAAAGGCUUUGCUAUGAGCGGGAAGAUAAUGCUCAGUGCGAUUGUGAUUCUGUUCUUGGUUCUCAUUUUGAUGGCCUCCCUUCACUUGUACGCCCGGUGGUACAUGCUCCGUCAGCGCCGCCGCCAGCUCCUCCUCCGUCGUAAUCGCCGCCGCAACAGUGGAAACCGGAGGGCCCACAUCGUGUUCUACGUGGACGGUGAUAAUCCCAACGCGCUUGUCACUCUGGCCGCCGCCGGUGGAGGGCCUAAUUAUAUUCCGGUUAACAAAGGGCUCGAACCGGCGGUGAUCGGUUCGCUUCCGGUUUUUGUUUACUCUUCCAAGACUCAACCGGAGGGGAUGGAAUGCGCGGUUUGCUUGUCGGAGUUUGAGGAGGAAGAGAAGGGCCGGAUUUUGCCCAAAUGUAAUCAUUCCUUUCAUACAGAGUGUAUUGAUAUGUGGUUUCAUUCCCAUUCAACUUGCCCAAUCUGCCGGGCGGCGGUUGAACCGGUUCCAAAACAGGAUAACAGAGUCGAUUCAGUUAUUGAACCGGGUAAUUCCGAUCCUGGGUCGGGUUUAUGCGAAACUUGUCAGCACCAGGAACACGCCGUCGCCGCCACCGGCGGCGGCGGAAGUAGCAGUAGCAGCUCAAUGCCGCCGCCGUUGGGUUCGAGGAGAAAAGGGUUGCGUUUAAAUGAUGUCAGAAUCGAGGUUCCGAGGAGGGGCGCAACCGAGUUGGACGACGAAUUGCCGGUGAGCUCGCCGGCGGGUUACGGGUUCAGGUCGCCCGGAGCUCGGUUACUGUCUUUGAAACGGAUUCUGAGCAUGGGAAGGAAAACCCCAACCGGGUCAUCGUCUUCGGCCGCCGGAACGAGUUGCUCCAUGAACGCGGCUGAGCCGGACUUGGAGAAUGGAAUCUCGCCAGGCGAGUCGACUCGGGUUGCGACGCCGAGGUGAAACGGCGGGAGAAAGACGCCGGAGUCAAACAAAGAUAAUGUCAUGGUCCACGUGGCGACAUUGCGACGUGGACACGAGUUGGGACUUAGUGGGCGGUGGUUGACUGGGAUGUUUGACUUGUAAAUAGAGUUUCAAGCCAUUUUUAGAGGGGUAGGGUCAUAUGGAUGGAAAUGGAAUGGUCAAAAGAAAAAUGAAAUUUCUAACUUCAUGCAUUAUACAGAAUUGUAGUUUGAGAGUAGGAGCUAAUUAAGUAGCUAACCAUUUUAAACAUUAGUAUUUGUACUGAAAAAUUAACUAAAUUUUUUUAAAAAUCAUGUUAUCUGCGUGUGAUUAGUAUUAUCUUACGUCCUAAAAAGGUCGAAUUCUAAACUUAUAGUUUAACAAACGAGACUCUUUGACAGUGCGACGCUAUCAGCAUCAGUGUACAAAAUGAAGAGAGCAUAUGGUAUGUUUAUGAUACUUUUUAUGUAAAGAGUAGUGCCUUCAUAUCUUAUCUUUAGGCAAUAAACUCAAAAGCUUAACAAACAAUUAACUAUAAUUGUACGCGGCCCUAUAACAGUUACAUGCAGAGGACAUUGACUCAAGCAAUCAAAAGAGCAAAGACUUAGGUAAGGAAAUUGACUCUUGUCGGAAGUAGUACAAUACGAAUUAUUGAUAUUUUGGAAAAUUGAAAAGAAUGUGAACUUCCCAAGUAGUUUCAAGGAAAUUAUUGGGCUGAGUACAUUCUCUAUCUUUCCAAUCUCCGUUGUGUUACUAUUAUUAUUCUUUGUCGACAUGCACAUACAAUCCUUCAAUAAUUUUGUGAAAGGAUCCUGUAAUGGAAUGGGUUUAAAUCUUUUGUUCAGUUUUUUCGGUCCAUAAAAAUACAUAGAAUAGCUUUUUACUGUUGUAGACAUGAAUGUUAUCGCAGCCUAUAGGGAGUGUGUCUUUGAUCACUAUUAUAUGUCCACCCCUUUGCUUGUUGUGGCCUGUGGGGGAACCGGGAAUAAGAUAUCGUUUUUGCAACUUGCACAAGGGAUGCAAGACCUUCAAGUGGAUCUAGUGGAAAUGUCCACUACGUCUUGCUAAAUGACCACACGCAAGUUGUACACUCAUUUGUAGUUUGUAGUUUGUACUCUUUAUCUUUGAGGAUAAGGAACGUUGAUGAGAUCAAGUUUUAUUAUAAAUAAAAAUCAGAGGAAUGUCUAACUCUACACAAACUAAUCGGAUGAUGCUUGCAGACGAACAAAGUCAUUCAAAAUAAGAUAGCUUCUCCCUCCCGAAAUUACUGUGACAACUAUCAAUUCCCAUAGUAAACUUAUUUCAAAGCAAUGAUAGAGACGGAAGUGAUACCAGUG